AAUAUAUUUUCCAAAGAUUUAAACAUUGAAUGAUGACAGAUGAGCGGUGAUUGAAAGGGUAACCGCACAUCCACCACCACCAUGUGAACCUUUCACUUUCUCUCUCUCUUUCACAAUAUCCCUAAAUAUCCCAAUCUCAGACAUAAGGAGAUUCAAAGGAAUCUGAUCCUUCUCUCUCUGUAUUAUUUUUUCUCUCCUAUUUUCCUCUGAUCCAAACAAUGCCUCGCCUUCAAUAUUCUUCUUGAAACCAGAAAAAUUAAGAAAAGAAAAUCAGAAAAUAAAUUAUGAGUAAUUCUUGGUUUGACAAAUGCUUUGAUGGGGUCAACGAUGAUUUCUUUGAUGACGUAAUAAAGUGUUUGGAUUUCCCAUUGGAAGAUGUUGAAGGGACUGAUAGUGGUGGUAGUGAAGAAGAUGUGAAAAUUUUUCAUUUGCCUCUUGAUGACGUGGAAGAGAACAAUGGUGGUGGUGAAGAGUGGGAUUGUAACUUUCAAAACUUAGAGCCGCCGCCUGCUAAUGUUUUGGCCGGCUUGUCUUCGGGCUUUUAUGGCGAUUUUUUCAGUGAUAGUUUGGCCAAAAACCUUAAUGUUUCAUGUGAUGGAUCUUCUCAGCUAAACCAGCUGUCAAGCACUACCAAAGCAUCUUCCGGCAGAAGCAUAACCCUACACAGCGAGUCCACUGAUGUCAAAGGUUCAACCCGUUUCCAGACUUCCAGUCCAGUAUCUGUACUUGAAAGCAGUAGCUCUUACUCAGGUGCAAAUCUGACACCUAUUAACCCUAAACUCGAUUUCCUGGUGAAGCGAGGUCGAAGCAAGCGCAGACGAGCAUCUACCUUUAACCUGCAGUUCACUUUGCCUUUCAUAUCCUCCGCCUCCUCUACGUCCGGAGGAUCUAAUUCUCUGGUUGGUUCUGAAUCAGAAUCAGAGAGCCAUCUUAUGGAGAAAACUGCCAAAAAGAGACAGAAGAAGCAGAAGAACCUGAUAUUGCUUUCAGGUUCCAGUGAGAUCAAGAACUCCCCCUCCCAACAGCCUCUUGUUGUUAGGAAAUGUAUGCACUGUGAAGUUACAAAAACUCCACAAUGGAGAGAAGGGCCGCUGGGACCAAAGACCCUUUGUAAUGCAUGUGGGGUUCGCUACAGGUCUGGCCGCCUCCUUCCAGAGUAUCGUCCUGCUGCAAGUCCUACAUUUGUCCCAUCAUUGCACUCCAACUCUCAUAAGAAGGUGGUAGAGAUGAGAAAAAAAGCCAAGCUGCCAACGACCGUGACACCAUCUGUGUUGUCAAUCCCACCACAAAUAUCAUUUGGAUAGCGACUGCAUUGAUCAUUAUUAGUUCAGAAAGAUUCACAUAGGGAGCUCCAUUGUUCUGUCUUGUAUUUUUGUUUUCUUUUUGUUUUCCUUAUUUCUCAGUGUGUACAUUGAUGGAAUAAGUAGGAACUUAGAUGAUGACAUGUUUGGCAGGAGGACCAGGCAGGAAUAAGCAGAAAAUAUCUCAGUGAAGUGUAGGGGAUGGAGGGUGGAUUUUCAAAUUAGGUUUAGUGAUGCUUAUGCUGUUCAGAGGUUCUUGACAUGUUUGGCAGUAACAGGCUUCAUGCUAUUCAUUUAUUCUUCUUAAAUGCAAUUUUUUUAGAGUCUUGUUCUUUAUCUAUUCUUUUUCAGAACAGUUAUCGGAUUUUGUUUUUCAGUAGGGAAAAUAGUUAGCCAAUUGGGCAAAAA